AUGGACCACAUCAUGCCUAUCGGCACAACAGACUCCCAUGAUCCUUCGGACCAAGUUCCUGAUCGUGUGACAGGUGCAUAUAGCCUGAAGCGACGGGGAACUGAUCACGACGAACAGUGCACAUACAUCACUGAUGUAGAAAUACUCUCCGCAUCUGAGCUCGUCGAAUCCGCCCAAUAUGAUCCCCCACUGCAGGAUGAAUGCAGGUUCGGACACAAUGCCUUUGUGCGGGGCUGCACCAGUCAUCGGUAUGGCGAUGGUCCUGCCUUAUAUGUUGAUCUGGAACGAGAUGCUGUUUCACUCUCAGAAGACGAGAUAGAGAUCUCAGUGGACAUAGACAGCAUCAUAUGGACAACAAAGGUGUUCCGAUGCAAAGGGUCUGUUGGUGUCUACAUCGUUCCGCCUUUCCAAACGAAACCAGGCAUAUACAAGCACAAUCACACCUAUGUAGAGAUCACCAUACCGCAGUCGGAAGAGGAUGCAAAUUCACCCGGUGGGAGGACUGAAUGGCUCUCCAAACGAUUUCCCAUGUCUGCCAUCCCUCAUGUCUGUAUGGGCCGCAUAUCAUCAGCAUCAUCGACACUCAAUCUAUACAUCGCGUUCCCAAGGAUGAUUCAUCAGCACCCAACGAACGGUCGGAGAAUCACUCUGAUGCCAAAGGAGGUCUUGGACAUAUUCUGGGAUAGGGUACUGCUUCCAUCGAUUGGACAGUGCACCGACGUCAGCUGGGAGCCCUACCUGAAACACACAUUGGAGGAAGCACGUUACAAGGCCAGAGGUGCGGACGGGAGAAGGGGCGGAUGGGGACCUCCUAAAACCAUCCCCCUCUCAGACGAUGACUUUUGUGACGUGCAGAAACGCAUGGAAGCUCGCAUACGUGAUGGAGGACCCGAGCUCAGCAUGUAUGGGUCGUCUUUCUUUAUUCUGGAAGGAAAGGGAAUCAAGCUGCUCACGAAGGAUGGCCAGAGGGGGCGUUUCUCAGGACCAGAAGAGGCCCUGCGUCGCAACCUGCCUGACCUUGACUGGCAAUAUAUGAUGAACAGGAGGCAUGGCGAACUGCUGGUAGAUGUGGGUGUCUCAUUCACGCCCCACUCUCCAAAUGUCCCACUCGUAGGGGUGUGGCGCUUAGAUGCACUGGAAGCAUCAUUUGGAGCGGGAGGCUACAAAAGAGGGGAGAUACAUCAUCACAACACGCUGUCUAGAUAUGGGGCGCUGCAGGCCGAGAUGCAACAGGAGAGAUCUCAGCAGACGCACAUCGCAUUCAGGAGCACCUACAACCUGUACUAUGAGUCGAUUCGAACAAACAGCAACCAAGCGAAUUUCGCAUCCGACAGCGACGCCUAUAAGCUGUCCCCAUCAUAUAUGGCUGAAUGCACCGAAAUCGCCAAGGUCGUCGAGGGUUGCAAGGAGAAAACAUAUGGUGUCAGGGAUGAGUAUAGGGUGAGCGGACAUGCAGCCAGAAUCAUCCUGGAAAAUGUGGAAGAAAAGGCCAGAGAAUACCUGAAAUCAGAUCCAGUCCUGUGGAUUCCAUCCAAGAUCUGGUUCGAGCUUCUGAGGAGACGGGUGCGGGAGAUUCAGAGGACCCAGAUAUCCAUUGUCAGAAAGAAUCCACCGAAUCUUGGCGUUCUCACUGGAGUGCUCAACCACAUGCUUCGCUCUACAACAUCAACUCCUAUCAUCUACGACUCUCACAUCCGUGAAUCUCUUGCCCUACUCGAGUACAGAAACAUCCUCGAAACUGCAGGAAUGUUUUUCUUACACGACUUCGACAUCAAUAGCGACACCUGCCUGACUGAGGUGCAGCAAAUCGAUGACGUGCAUGUACUGGCCCUCAUGGGAGUCAAUGCAAAGGCUCAAAGGGACCGGGCAGUGAGCAGAACUAAUGUAUGGCAAAGCACCGAGUCUGAACUGGAGGACUAUCCUCUUGGUCGCACACCAACAUGGACUCGACUCAAGGCAGCCAUGUCAAACUCGCCUGCAAUGAUCAUGAGACCCUGGGUGUGGUCACCCAGAUUGUCCAACACUCAACUCUCCGUCGGACGUUCGGUGGUCAUGUUCACUAGGCACAUGUGGCUGAUGCUCACACCCGAAAUCUUCAAGGGCAUCAGACCUCACCCAAACUCGCUUCAAGAGGCCAUGAAGUGCUGGACAAUCACCAGCAUCGAUGACACUCUCGCUGCAGUCGCAUUUGAAGCAUGCAAUGCCGGGCUGAAUGAUAGUACGGGCGUCACUCCUGGUCGCAUGGGUCCGAAGUCGAGGCCCUUCCUUGACAGGUGCACUCUGUUCUUUCCCGACCCUGAUGCCGCCCAUAAGGACAAUACUCAGUGGUCUGGGCUUUGGGAGGGCGAUGGAUACAUUGCAGAAUUUCACAGGACGAUGAAGGCGAUGGAUGAGGAUCAGCAACAGUUGCUGAAACAGGGAUUACGUGAGGUAUUUUCGGAACUUCACUGCCUUCCUGCUAGCGGAGCAAGAGUGUGGACGCAAAAGAACGAAUCAAUUGUGUUCACGACCAAUCCAAUAUUCUACAAGAUCGAUUGUAUUGGAAGGGGAGGAGAGAGUCAGAAGAGGGCCCCAAAAGCACGUCGAACGAUGAAGCUGAUCAAGGGUAAACGCAUAUUUGCAGCCGACCUCAUGGACUCACAACCCUUCGACACUGAUGGCAAUCUGCGGAGAAAGACAGAGAGACAGAAGCGGCGGGAACUUCAGAAGAAAAUGACCAUGGCCAGGAAAAACAAGAGAGUCCCCCCUCCCACACGUCCACGGAGACCAUUUCCCAUGACCCAACUAGAAGAUAUUGUGGAAUGA